AAAAAAAAUCAAAUUAAGGGAGAAACCCCCCUGAAGCAGCGAGCAAGUGGGACUGGGACGACCCAAAAUCGCCGCCAGCGCCAAUGACGGCCGAAAAAUCACACCCAUCGGAGACCUCUAAACAUUCGUUCGAUCAACGAGCUGAAUCUCCACAACGGCCUUCGAAAGUCGCAAAGCUCAACGGCGACAGCGACGUCGAAGAGGAAGAUCGGAGUGCCUUAAGUUCGAGCGUGAAGCGAAUGAUUCCGAACCCUAGAAUUCAAAGGUACUUGAUUGCGAUUGAGUACAUCGGAACUCGCUUCGCCGGCGCUCAGCAACAAUCCAAUUGUCGAACUGUCGUCGGUGCUCUGGAGGAAGCUUUUAAAAAUUUUAUUGGACAGCCCGUAUCAAUAUUUUGUUCAAGUCGAACUGAUGCAGGAGUACAUGCGUUAUCAAAUGUUUGUCAUGUAGAUGUGGAAAGGAUAAGCAAGCGGAAACCUGGUGAAGUGGUAUGUUAUCUUUUAAUCCCACCUUUUGCAUUUGUAAGGUCUCUUAGGCCUUCUUUUUGGGGAGUAGGAGGGGUGGGGUCGGGGGCACCCUGGAGAGGAGGGGAGUUUUGUCAUAGUUUUAUCCGUACUAAUUUUCUCUAUUUGCUAGUCUUAGACUUUCCACAAGCUCACAAAGUAAGCCACUAAGCACCAUAAUGCAUUGUAAUCUCCAUAUCACCCACUACUCCAUAUUAUUGAGCUUGAAUGCACAGAUGAGAGACUUUCUAGUUUCUACAAGUCAUAAAGUGCCCUAGAAAUGUCCGGUUGUGUGCCAUAAUGUUCUGCAUCUUCAAAUGGAAAAAGGUUGAAUAUCUACUUCUUGUAGUUUUGUUCCUUUUUAAGGAUUCCUAUUAUCUCUUAAGAGAUUGAACGUUUGAGCCUCAGGUUUAGGUUUGUCUAUAUCCUUUCUCCCUUCAUCCACCUGAGUAUUAUCUUUUUUCUGAAGUAAAGGUAAGGACUUCAGAUGCAUUAAUAAAAUAAGUAAGAAUAGUGAUUCUUAGCAACUGUACCUGUACAAAAUUUUCUUUGAUAAGAAAUGCAUCUUGGUCAAACAUGGCUCUUAUUGUUUAACACUCUUGUAGUAUUUUAGAAUGUUGAAGUAGGUAUCAUACUAUCAUUAUAGAAGUGUAGAGUAGCUGAAUCAAUUACCCCUUUCAUAUAGCUGUCGUUUAUUUACUAGCCAAUGUAUAUAGAUGUUGAGCCAUCACAUGAUGCAAUAAUUGCAAUCCCCUUCAACAACUUUAUGAUUAGUAUACUUUUGUAAGUAAUACAGUACUUAUUAGGAGCACAAUAUUUGAUAUUUUACAAAAGUACUCAUUUCUGUAUUUAUGUUUGCACCUUGGUAUUCUUAUCAUGACUUCUUUGUACAUUUUCUACAUGUACUUGUACUCUGCUGGCUUUUAUAAAAUUGAUGUAUUGCAUUGGUUGCAAGUAUCACACUAGAUCAUUGACCUGUUAUCAACUUUGUCCAUAAAUAUCGUGAAAUAGUCACACGUUUAUUGAAAUGAGGCGAGUUAGUGAGAUGAACAUAACGACAAAGAUGCUUGGGACUCAUGUUGGUGAACUUCUUGAGCACCACAUUUUAAAGCUUGCCAGAGUCAUUUAUCAUUGGUAAUAUAAGGGUUUUUUUUGGUAGGUAGGCUUACCCCACUAUUUGCUAACUCAGAUCUCUUGCUUUGAACUGAACAUUAGCCUUUCAGGACUUGAUUUGGAAUUUUGUUUACUUCCUGCAACAGAUGCAGAGUUAGGAUAUGUGAUAAUUAAUGUGUGCAGCUUUUUUUAGUAUGCCAACUCUUACUUUAAUGCAGUUACCGCCCCAUGAACCUGAAGUGGUUAAAAGAGCUGUGAACCAUUUUUUACAGAAAAAUGAGGGUGAUAUAAUGGUCAUUGAUGUUUGCAGUGUUGCAGCUGAUUUUCAUGCCAGAUAUAAAGCUAAGGAACGAACGUACUUUUAUAGGAUUUUAUCUGGAUCUGAGCCUUUAUCAACCUUUGAAAAAGACCGGGCUUGGCAUGUACCUGAGGAGCUAGAUCUUCUCUCUAUGCAGCAAGCGUGCAGAAUUCUUGCUGGACAUCAUGAUUUCAGUUCCUUUAGAGCCGCUGCAUGUCAGGCAAAAUCACCAGUCCGAACUUUGGAUGAAUUAAGCGUUACUGAGGUGGUAUCAAGUCCAUAUUUCCCAUCAACUUCAGAAAGGAAACCAAGUGGUGCUGUUAUGAAUGGCCUGCCUGACACCUUGAAUUCUGCGAUUCCCAAUCUUGAAGGUAGACGCGAGUUUGGGAUUAGAAGAAGGCAUCGUUGCUUAGUUGUCACAGCAAGGGCACGUUCUUUUCUUUACCAUCAGGUUAGACUACUAGUGGGAGCUCUCAAAGCUGUGGGGACUGGGGAUCUCACUGUUCCUGAUGUUCAACGCAUCCUCGACGCGAAGACAGUAACUGCUGCAAGUCCAAUGGCCCCUGCAUGUGGUCUUUACCUUGGACAUGUGAAAUAUGAUCUGCCUCCUCCUCCCCAAACUGAAGGAUCAGAAAAAACAAUAUGACACCCAUAUUGUUUGCACUGAGGUAUCAAACUAUGUUUUGAUCAUUUUUGGUAGCUGGCACCCGACACAUAAGCAUGAACGGGGUUCUAUCUUAAAACCAAUUGUGCAAUAUGCACACAAUUUGAAGAUCUCGAGGUUAAAACAUUAUUCCAGUACAAGUUUUUUCCGGAAAUUGUGUCUCUGCUCCCAAGUAGUGGUAAGAUUUGGGUAACACUCACUCCCUAGAUCCUACUUUUUUGUGAUUUUUUACUUGGUUUAUUGUUGUUGUAAUAGCGGGCUAAAUCUGGCAUUUAGCUUAUUUUGUUGAAGAGACCAUGGGAAAACAUAAAACCCAAACCAGCAUUGAAAACUAGGAAAAAUCAUUAUUGGUGGACAAAUUCUGUUUUUUUAACUCAUUGUAAAUUUCAUGUUAU